ACAAACAAAAAAAAUCGGCACGUCGCCCACCCCGCGGCGGGCCGCCUGAGGAACGGCCUCACCCACGGCCCAAACCCGCCCCGACACAGCGGCGGGUCCUCCCGCAGCACCAGCCGUUGGCGCUCAGCCCCUCGCCUGCUCGGGCCCGGCUGCCUCUAUCCCCCCGGGUGCGAGCAAAUAACUACCAGAGACGUAUCCGAAACCUGUCUAAGCCCUGCCUGUCCGCCCCCGGGACGCUCCCGCAUCUCCCCUCCAGCUACUCCCUCCACAGGCCCUUUCCUGCGCGCGCCGCCCCCGAAAGAAGCCCCCGCGGAAGGACCCCCCUCCCGCACUCGCCGGCCGAUACCAUGGCGGCUGCCGCCAACGACCGCGACGCGGCGCAGGAGAAGUUACAUCCAAGAAAUCUUAUCCCAGAGCUUUGUAGACUGUUUUAUGGUUUAGGCUGGGUAACAGGAACUGGUGGAGGAAUCAGCUUGAAACAUGGGAAUGAAAUCUACAUUGCACCUUCAGGAGUCCAAAAGGAAAGAAUACAGCCAGAAGAUAUGUUUGUUUGUGACAUUAACGAACAGGACAUCAGUGGUCCUCCACCGCAUAAGAAACUAAAGAAAAGCCAGUGCACGCCUCUUUUUAUGAAUGCCUACAUUAUGAGAGGGGCAGGUGCAGUGAUCCAUACUCAUUCCAAGGCUGCUGUUAUGGCUACGCUUCUUUACCCAGGGAAAGAGUUCAGUAUUACCCAUCAGGAGAUGAUAAAAGGAAUCCAGAAGUGUACUUCAGGAGGCUAUUACCGAUAUGAUGAUACACUAGUGGUUCCCAUUAUUGAGAAUACACCAGAAGAGAAGGAUCUCAAGGAAAGAAUGGCACGUGCGUUGGAAAAAUACCCAGACACUUGUGCUGUAUUGGUCAGACGUCACGGCGUUUACGUGUGGGGAGAAACAUGGGAAAAAGCCAAAACAAUGUGUGAGUGUUAUGAUUACUUGUUUGAUAUCGCAGUGCAGAUGAAGCAGCAUGGGCUAGAUCCUUCAAAACAUCCAGCAGGAGAAAACGGGAUCUUGUAAAUGACAACAGCUUUUAUAUUCAGGUUUCUUACAUGAUGAUGGGAGUUCCCGGUCUCACCUCACGCUGUUAAAACCAGAAGGGGGUGCUGUUAUACUCGGCUGAUUGACAGACAUUAGCAGUCAGUUUUGGUGAUUAAACACAUCCAAGAAGAAAAGGAGAGUUGAAACAAAAACAAAAAUGUUGAACAAUCAUUGCUAUUUAUGAAACCUGUCAAAUGUUACAGUAAGAAGAAUGAAAAUUCAGAUGCAAAAAAAGAUAUUGACAAAAGCUGUGGAGAACUAAUGUGACAUUUUGUUUGUGUGCUUUAAAAAUUCAUAUUUCAAAAACCUGCAUUUGUUGAUCCUGCUCUACUGCUACGUCAUUUAACUUGUUCUGUGUGUCCAUUUCUGAAAGUUAUAGUAGCCUUUAUUCUUGUGGUAAAAAAGUGAGGAUGACCCCUUAAUUAGAAGUUAGGUAUAAAGUUUAAAGCAUUGUUUGAACUGUUGAUUCAUUCAUGGUGUGUUAAUAGGGUUUGGUUUUUUUUUUUAAUUAAGCCUGUAGCAUAUAUAUUUUUUAAUUCUCUUAAUUAUCAUUGUAAUGAGUAGGAUACACAUAAUUUUAUAGCAUGCCUUUGGAAGUUUUUACUGAGAGACUGCUCUGGAUCUUCUCUGUUUUUUACCUCUUCAAAUUCAUUCACUUUCAAUAAGAUUUUGUUUAUUACAACUUUAAAACAGCUUUUUAUGACUUAUGAUUAGCCAGCCUAAAUCUACCUUAGUAGAUUUAAUCAAACUGCUCAUCAAAAUAUAGUCUCACAUAUUUAUGUAUCUUAGUGUCUUAUUUUAAAAUCUCUUGGAAUGGCUCCCCAGUGGCCUCAGUCUAAGCCUUGACUGACCAACUUUCUGACUGAGUAUUGAGACUGUAGUCCUAAGAGUGAACUGAGACAGGGUAAGUGCCUGUUGACCUUGCUUUCUGCUAGGGGCCGUGCAUUCCUAACACUUCUCCUUGCAUCAUCUCUGGCACUUUCUUGAGCUUCCAUGAGAUUAAUUUACUCUUCAACCUAAGAAAAGAACCACUGCACGAGUGGGGGAAGAAAAUUAUUAUAUUGUUUCUUAAUAAGCUACUGGUAAAAUAUUGAAUCAACUCAGAGGUGGGUCCAAAGAGAAGCAGAGCUGGGGCAAAAGGCGAGGUGGCUGAAGCCAGGGAUGGCAAACAGCACUCCCCCCAUUCCAUGGGGAUGAUGAUUCAGACUUACUCAGCUACUUUUGGACAGGCAUUUGCUGUGGAUGCUCUGAAGAAUUCAGAAAGAACUGAACUGAAAUAUGUGGAAAGUAUUCUGCUAAAUGAAGAAGCCAGGAAGAAACUUCUUGUAUUUUUGUAUGACAGACUACUGAUUAUAGCACAACACAUGCUGUUGGUCACUUUAGUUACUGCUAAUUGCAUUGUGCUGAACUUACACAAAAAAAACAUCCUGCUUUGGCUUGGUGGGUAUAUGUGUCCCCAUGUGACGGUUUGUCACUGGGCUCCGACAAAACAUUUUCAGUAAGGCGUUAUGGUAUAAGUCAAGUGCCUGCUGACCUGAUCCAGCCUGCUGGGUACCAGCUGUUCCUAAGCAGUAAGAUGUGGUCACCUGUACUGUGACAGCUUGGUGUAUCCAGCAGAAUUGCUGCUGCUAUGCUGCCAAUUUGUCAGCAAACAGAUCCCUCUGAUCUCCGCAUCCUUGUAGCAGCUACAGUCUUUCUGUGCUGCACAAGAGAGCGUGUUCAGCAUCUGCUGCUACGGGACCAAUGGCCACUGUCAAAGAUGACAUCAAGACCUUGACUGAUGAAGUUACUGUUCCACAGGAAUGAUUCAUUAUAGAACAAUCUGCCAUCAGAAACUUGCUGAGUACUCAUCUACCAAGACAGCAUACCCUCACCUCUCUGGGAAGCUUCAAAUUUUCUCAACAGGAAAUACCUACGCUUUGCUCUAAAAUUUUCAUGUCCCCGUCAGUCAGAUAUCAACUAAAGUGUUAAAAGGAAUUACCAUAUAGUUCAGACAGGCCUCUUUUUUCCCCUGAUGACUGGACUGCAAGACUCACCAGCAUCGAUUACGGUGAAUUUAAGUUAACAAAAUCUUUGCCAUUCUAUUCUUAAAGGAAUAAUGACAUUUAGUCCUUUUCGGGAUUUCCUUACACAUUUUAGGAAAACAAGAAUAUCAUUGACUGUUUUAUGGUUUAUGCCACUGACUUUAUUUCUGAACUCCCUUCCCAAAGGCUUGUGCUACCCGAUUCUUAACAUUCAGAAAGAGUAGUGGUGCUGUGCUGCCAAACUGGCAGGUUUCCCUAAGAUCAGUGUCUUGUGACCGUUAGGCAUGUUUGUCCUUCCCUGCCGUACGUAGUGCUGUACCUGCAGUGUGCAACCUUUAAACCUUAGGGGGGAGGGUGACCUUAAUUAUUGUGAAAGAGCGGGUAUCGCUAAGUUACUGCCGGUUGUUGACUGUAUGUUUAUUGAUACAUUUUUUUCAUUGCUAGACACUUGUUUGCCAGUGGCAAAUAUUUUGUAGUGGCUCCGCGUCCUGUGAGUGUGUGUGGAUUGCAGUAAGAUCUUGGGUGAAAAAUGUUACUUUUUAGAUCAGAGAGUGACUUUGGACAGGCUGCAUACUACUCUGCUCCACUUAAGCACAAAACAGCUCUAUUUUCAAGACUUCAGAGUUGUGACUGACAUGAAGGGAAAGCAGAUUGUAUUUCUGUUAGCUUUUCUUCCCUAUGGGCAUGCUAACAAAAAUACUUUUGAUGUAACAAUCCACUUAGUCUUGAAAUCUAGUUGCCACUGAUUGAUUGUGAGCUUUGACUCUUUAUGUUACUGCUAGAUUUCUGCAAAAUGUAAAUUCCUGUGGUAUUCUGAUGAUGCUGUCGGAAUAGGACAUAAUUGUAUCAUUCCAUAAUGCUGACGUUUUGUAAGGAUAAAGAUGAUAAAGAUGAUUUUACACUUGG